AUGCCACACUUGGGUGGAGCACCUUCCAAGAAAAAGACACUGAGAACUUCGUUUCUUCCCACUGUUUUACCUUCGUCAGUCACAUCUGACGUGUCACCAUUACAGAACAAACUGUUGACAUACCGAAGAUGCAACGAACAGCAAAAGAUGCUUAAUCAGUUACUAAUUGAUCGAGCUUUAAAAGUCUGUCACGUAUCCAUGGAAGAACAAUAUCACAGGGAUCCUGUACCUCCUAUCCCAGAACUGCCUUCCACUACAAACUAUCUCUUUAUGAAGAAGUGUGUGCAAAGCAAUCCGGUGGUUCCCAUUCAGCAGCAGUGGCUAAUGUCCGUGCUCACACUGGUGCCACAGUCACUGAUGGAAGGCAAGGAUAGAGAGCUGUUAGCUGAAAAGCUUUUAGGGGAGGUAAAAAGGGAUUAUGAAAUGAGCAUGAGAAGGUGUGUGGUGCAAAAUGUUCUUAUUAAACCAGACAUAAAAGGACUUGAAGAUGAAGAGGAGGCACUUGUGCCUUUAUCACCUCUGUGCGUGGAUGAAGAAUGGGAAAAUCGCUUAAUUCGAAUUCAGGAGGUUAUUGAUGAAUGGCUGAAAGUGCAAGCACAGUGGCUUUAUUUGGAACCUAUUUUUUCUUCUGAGGAUAUUAUGCAAGAGAUGCCAGAAGAGGGGCAUCUCUUUCAGACUGUGGAUAGAUACUGGAGAGAUAUUAUGAAGUCUUGUGCCAAAGACCCAAAGGUUCUUGUUGCUACUUCCUUGAUAGGGUUAUUGGAGAAGCUUCAGAACUGUAAUGAGCUUCUUGACAAAAUCAUGAAAGGGCUUAAUGCAUAUCUUGAGAAAAAACGUCUCUUCUUUCCCUGCUUCUUUUUCUUGUCUAAUGAUGAAAUGUUGGAGAUCCUGUCAGAGACUAAGGAUCCUCUCAGAGUUCAGACUCACUUGAAGAAGGGGUUUGAAGGCAUUGCUAAGCUACAUUUCCUUCCUAAUUUGGAUAUUAAAGCAAUGUAUAGUUCUGAAGGCGAGUGUGUAGAACUGAUUUCAACCAUUUCUACUUCUGAAGCUCGAGGUGCAGUGGAGAAGUAGUUAAUUCAAGUGGAAGAUAUUAUGCUGAAGAGUAUUCAUGAUGUUAUUGCUAGAUCAAGAAUGGCAUAUCUAGAGACUGAGAGAAAAAGAUGGGUUCUGGAGUGGCCUGGACAAGUAGUAUUGUGUGUCUCUCAAAUGUUCUGGAUAAGUGAGGUACAUGACAUUCUUUGCAGUGGACCAGAGUGUUUAAAGGAUUAUUAUGAUACACUUCAGCUUCAGCUUAAUGAUAUUGUACAGCUGGUAAGAGGAAACUCAAAGCAAACAAGGACUACUCUGGGUGCCCUGGUUACUCUUGAUGUUCAUGCUAGAGAUAUCCUCAUGGAAAUGAUUGAAAGCGGCAUACAGAGUGAAACAGACUUUCAGUGGCUUGCACAACUGCGAUAUUAUUGAGAAUUUGAGAACGUUCGUGUCUGUAUCAUUAAUUGCAAUGUAAAAUAUGCCUAUGAAUACCUUGGAAACUCAACACGCCUUGUCAUUACUCCUCUUACAGACAGGUGUUACCGCAACUUGAUUGCAGCCUUUUAUUUAAACCUUGGUGGUGCCCCAGAGGGUCCAGCAGGUACAGGUAAAACAGAGACCACCAAAGAUUUGGCUAAAGCUCUUGCUGUUCAGUGUGUUGUCUUCAGCUGCUCUGAGGGCCUUGAUUACCUGGCAAUGGGAAAGUUUUUCAAGGGUUUGCCUUCAUCAGGUGCAUGGGCAUGUUUUGAUGAAUUCAAUCGCAUUGAACUGGAAGUACUGUGUGUUGUGGCACAGCAGAUCCUUUGCAUCCAGAGAGCCGUACAGAUAACGCUAGAAACAUUUGUUUUUGAAGGAACUGAACUGAAGCUUAACCCCAACUGUUUUGUAGUUAUUACCAUGAAUCCAGGAUACGCAGGACAUUCUGAACUUCCAGAUAAUCUGAAGGUUCUUUUCCGAACAGUAGCCAUGAUGGUUCCUAACUAUGCUCUGAUAGCAGUAAUUUCGCUUUAUUCAUAUGGAUUUUUGAAUGCUAAGUCACUACCAGUGAAGAUAGUAAUGACCUACAGGCUUUGUUCAGAACAGCUUUCCUCUCAGUAUCACUAUGACUAUGGUAUGUGAGCAGUUAAAGCUGUGUUGGUGGCUGCUGGGAAUCUAAAAUUGAAAUUUCCCACAGAAGAUGAAGAUAUAUUGCUUCUUAGAUCAAUUAAGGAUGUGAAUGAGCCCAAAUUUUUGUCACAUGAUAUACCUCUGUUCAUGGGUAUAACUAGUGAUUUAUUUCCUGGAAUCAAGCUUCCCGAUGCAAACUACAAUGAUUUUCUGGAAUGUGCUGGUGAAUGUUGCAUUCAACAUAAUGUUCAACCUGUAAAAGCUUUUAUAAAGAAAAUGAUACAAACAUAUGAAAUUAUGAUUGUUAGACAUGGCUUUAUGCUGGUAGGGGAGUCUUUUUCUGGGAAGACCAAAGUUCUACACACGUUGGCAGAUACACUGUCUCUUAUGAAAAAGCGUCGUUAUGGUGAAGAAGUAAUUUUUAGAACUGUAAAUCCAAAAUCAGUCGCUAUGGGUCAGCUUUUUGGUCAGUUUGAUAUGGUAUCCCAUGAGUGGACAGACUGUAUAAUUGCUAAUACUUUCAGAGAAUUUGCAUUAUCUGAGACUCCUGAACGCAAAUGGGUUAUCUUUGAUGGCCCAAUUGAUACUCUGUGGAUAGAAAGCAUGAACACAGUUCUGGAUGACAACAAAACGCUUUGUUUGAUGAGUGGGGAAAUCAUCCUAAUGUCCCUUCAGAUGAAUUUUAUUUUUGAAACAGUGGAUCUUUCCCAGGCAUCACCUGCUACAGUCAGUCGUGGCAUGAUUUAUUUGGAACUUUCUCAACUGGGCUGGAGGCCACUUGUUACCUCUUGGUUGAGUAAACUGCCCGAACCCCUUAACUUAAAGGAACAUCAAGAUCUUCUGCAGGGACUUUUUGAUUGGUUAAUACCACCAGCAUUAAGACUCCGUCAGAAACAGUACAAGGAACUGGUACCUACAAGCAAUACCAAACUCUUACACAAUUAUGCUUUGUUAAUAAGACUGCACAAGUUUCAUAUAAUAGGUCAACUUUUUAGACAGUUGCUCACCUUUUUGCCCUUGCAAGGUUGCUUUGCUUUUGCCACAAUCUGGUCGAUUGGUGGGACUUGUGAUGGUGACAGCAGGAUAAUUUUUGAUAAUUUCUUGAGGGAAACUUUGGCUGGGAAAUCUGGAAUAAAUCCUGUACCAAUGAGUGUGGGAAAAUGGGAGUGUCCCUUUGAAGAGAAAGGCUUGGUCUAUGACUACAUGUAUGAGUUGAAAGGCAGAGGAUGUUGGGUUCGUUGGAAUGGAUUUAUUAAAAAAAUUAAUUACAGUGAUAAAAAUGUGAAGAUUCAGGAUAUUAUAGUCCCAACUAUGGAUACAGUCCACUAUACCUAUUUGAUAGAGAUAUUCGUCACCCAUGGAAAACCUCUGCUUUUAGUGGGACCAACAGGUACUGGGAAAUCUGUGUAUGUCAAGGACAAGUUAAUGAACCACUUGGAAAAGGAGCAGUACUUUCCCUUCUUCAUUAAUUUUUCUGCUUGAACCAGUGCCAAUCAGACCCAGAAUAUUAUUAUGGCCAGGCUGGACAAGAGGCGCAAAGGAGUCUUUGGCCCUCCAAUGGGAAAAAAGUGCAUUAUUUUUGUAGAUGAUGUAAAUAUGCCUGCUUUGGAGAAGUACGGUGCACAGCCUCCUACAGAACUUUUAAGACAGUUCUUUGACCAUGGAUUUUGGUAUGAUUUAAAGGACACGUCUAAAAUUACACUUGUUGAUGUACAGUUACUGGCUGCUAUGGGACCUCCAGGCGGCAGGAGGAAUCCUAUUAGUCCUUGAUUUUUGUGACACUUCAACAUUUUCACUAUUGAUUCUUUUAGCGAUGAAACAAUGGUCCGCAUUUUCUCUACUGUAGUAGCUUUCUACCUACGGACUAGUGAAUUUUCUGCCGACUACUUCACAAUUGGAAAUCAAAUUGUCACUGCCACUUUAGAGGUGUAUAAGAAAGCCAUCGAAAAUCUUUUGCUCACACCAGCCAAAUCUCAUUAUAUGUUCAUCCUGCGUGACUUUUCACAUGUUAUCCAUGGAUGCUUGCUUGUAAAGAGGAAAUCAAUUGAAAGCAAACACGUAAUGAUUCGUCUGUUCGUACAUGAGGUAUUUUGUGUCUUCUGUGACUGUCUAGUGGAAGACAAUGACAGAGCCUGGUUGUUCAAUUUAAUGAAAGAUAUUGUGAAAGAACAUUUUGAAGAAGCAUUUGAUUUGGUUUUUGCACACCUGAAGCAAGGAAAUACAUGGGUAACAGAAGAAAACAUGAGAAGUUUGGUUUUUGGUGACUACAUGAUUCCAGAACUUGAGGGAGAUGAAAGACUUUAUGCUGAAAUUCCAAGCAUUCAGCUAUUCAGUGAUGUUGUGGAGCAGUGGCUGGAUGAAUAUAAUCAAACCCACAAAACAAGAAUGAGCCUUGUAGUUUUCAGGUAUGUGUUGGAACAUUUGUCUCCUAUAAGCUGUAUCCUGAAGCAGCCAGGAAGUAAUGCUUUGUUGGUUGGAAUGGGAGGAAGUGGACGUCAUUCUUUGACUUGUCUAGCAGCAUUCAUGGCAAAAAUGUGUGUUUUUCAGCCAGAGAUUUCUAAGACUUAUGGUGCAAAUGAGUGGAGAGAAGAUCUGAAGAAUCUUCUGAGGAAUGCAGGUGUAAAAGGCUUGAAAACAGUAUUUGUAAUCACAGAUAUGCAAAUUAAAGAAGAAGGCUUUCUAGAAGGUAUUGACAGUGUCCUCAACACUGGGGAGGUACCCAAUCUUUUUGCAUCAGAUGAGAAACAAGAAAUUAUAGAGGUAUCUUCAGAAAUUCUCUUUAAUGCUGGCAAAAAACAUGAAGAACUCAGUCCCCUGGACUUGUUUGCAUUUGUUGUGAACUGCUGCAAAGAAAAUCUCCAUAUUGUGGUAGCAUUCAGCCCAAUUGGAGAUGCUUUCCGGAAUCGUCUGAGGCAGUUUCCCUCACUCAUCAACUGCUGUACCAUUGGUUGGUUCCAGCUGUGGCCUGAAGAAGCUCUUGAACGUGUGGCUAAUAAGUUCUUAGAAAUACUUCAGCUCACAGACAGCGAGCGCCAGGAAGUUGUGCCCAUCUGUAAAUACUUCCAUACUUCAGUUUUGUCACUCUCCGUAAGGUUCUUUCAAAGUCUGGGACGCCACAAUUAUGUUACUCCUACUUCUUAUCUUGAGCUUAUUGCUGCAUUUCGGAAACUUCUUACUCAGAAACGAGACACUGUAAUGAAAGCCAAGAAGAAAUAUGUGAAUGGACUAGAUAAACUAGCUUUUGCUGAAUCACAAGUUGGUGAGAUGAAACAAGAACUAGUUCAGCUGCAGCCCAAACUGGAAGAGGCUAAAUUGGAUAAUGCAAACAUGAUGAAGACUAUAGAUAUAGAAUCUGCAGAAGUAAAACAAAAAAGAGAAACUGUAAAAGCAGGUGAAGAAGUUGCUACAGAAAAAGCUGAAGAAGCUCAGACAUUGAAAAGUGAAUGUGAGAGUGACCUGGCAGAGGCAAUCCCAGCCCUGGAGGCUGCACUUGAUGCUCUUGAUACUUUGAAGCCUUCUGAUAUAUCAAUUGUUAAAUCAUUGAAAAAUCCUCCAUUUGGUGUCAAACUUGUCAUGGCUGCUGUCUGUGUCAUGAAAGACAAAAAACCUGAAAAAAUUGCAGAUCCUUCAGGGACUGGAGGCAAGAUUUUGGAUUACUGGGCUCCAAGCAAGAAACUGCUUUUCUUAAAGGAUUUGAAAGAGUAUGACAAGGACAAUAUUCCAGCAGCUGUCAUGCAGAAUAUUCAGGCUGAAUACUUGACUAAUCCUGAGUUUGAGCCACAAAAAGUGGCUAAAGCUUCCUCGGCAGCAGAGGGUUUAUGUAAAUGGAUUAUGGCAAUGGAAGUGCAUGACAGGGUUGCAAAGGUGGUUGCACCCAAGAAAGAUCGUCUGAGAGAGGCACAGCAGUCCUUGGCAGAGACACUGACGCUCUUGAAUCACAAGAGGGAAGAACUUGCAGCAGUUGAAAAUCAUUUGGCUGCUUUGGAACGAACCUUCACUGAGAAAACUGAAGAAAGAGCACAUUUAGAAUUCCAGGUUGACCUGUGCGCUAAAAAACUAGAACGAGCAGAGAAGUUGAUUGGUGGCCUUGGUGGAGAGAAAUCAAGGUGGAAUAAUGCUGCAAAUGAUCUUCAAGACACAUAUGAUAAUUUGACAGGAGAUGUUCUGAUAUCAGCUGGUGUGAUAGCAUAUCUGGGAGCUUUUACUGCUGGAUUUCGGCAAGAAUGUACCAAAGACUGGAGCAAACUGUGCAAGGAGAGAAAUAUCCCUUGUUCUGAGAAUUUCUCUUUGAGUAAGACUCUUGGUGACCCAAUAAAAAUAAGAGCCUGGAAUAUUGCUGGUUUGCCAACUGACAUAUUUUCUGUAGACAAUGGGGUAAUUGUUGACAAUUCAAGAUGUUGGCCAUUAAUGAUUGAUCCUCAAGGUCAAGCAAAUAAAUGGAUAAAGAUUGAGAAAGAAAACUGCCUGAAUAUUAUCAAGGUUAGUGAUACAGAUUAUAUGAGAACUGUGGAGAACUGCAUUCAGUUUGGAACUCCAUUUCUGCUAGAAAAUGUUGGAGAAGAACUAGACCCAUCACGUGAACCUCUGCUACUUAAACAGACUUUUAAACAAGGUACAGUAAAACUAAUUUUGAACCUUGAAGUAGAUUACAUUAACGUUCAUCUUAUAGACUAUGGUACUGAUGUUUUCCUUAUUACUCUCUGGGCUAAAAAUGAAAUAGAACAUCAAGAGUUUAUGUUCUUACUAACUGGGGGUGUGGGUCUCAAGAAUAAGUGCAAGAAUCCAGAUCCAUCUUGGCUACCAGGUAAGAGCUGGGAUGAAUUACGUCGUGCAAGUGAAAUCCCAGCUUUGAAAGGACUGAGAUACAGUAAAAUGAGUCACACCUCUGAAAGUAUAAGGGAAUGGCAAAAAAUUUAUAACAGCAAAGAGCCACAAAACUUUCCAUUACCAGAACAAUUGAAUGAUACGUUAAAUGAAUUACAGAAGAUUAUAAUUCUUCGGUGCUUAAGACCAGACAAGAUUGCUCCAGCUAUAACAACAUUUGUAACUGAUCAACUGGGGAAUAAAUUUGUAGAGCCACCACCUUUUGAUCUAACAAAAAGUUACUUAGAAUCAAAUUCUACAGUCCCUUUAAUAUUUGUGCUAUCUCCGGGAGCAGAUCCCAUGUCUAGCCUCCUGAAAUUAGCACAUGGCAGAGAGAUGGUUGGAAACAAGUUUCAGUCCAUCUCAUUAGGACAAGGACAAGGACCUAUAGCUACAAAAAUGAUUCAAAAAGCCAUGGAAGAAGGAACCUGGGUUUGUUUACAAAAUUGUUAUUUAGCUAUCUCCUGGAUGCCAAUGCUGGAGAAAAUAUGUGAAGAAUUUAACAGUGAAAAAUGUCACCCAGUCUUCAGACUUUGGCUUACUAGUUACCCUUCAUCAAAGUUUCCAGUAAGUAUUUUGCAGAAUGGAGUGAAGAUGACAAAUGAACCUCCUACUGGUCUCCGGUUAAACCUACUGCAGUCACUUCUAUCUGAUCCCAUUUCUGAUCCUGCAUUUUUCUCUGGAUGCCCUGGAAAGGAGCUGGUAUGGGAGAAACUGCUCUUUGGAGUUUGUUUCUUCCAUGCUCUUGUUCAGGAGAGAAGAAAGUUUGGGCCUCUUGGUUGGAAUAUACCCUAUGGAUUUAAUGAAUCAGACUUGCGGAUCAGUAUCAGACAGCUGCAGUAUUACUCAUGUCUUCUGUUUCACUUAUUCAUAAAUGAAUAUAGCCAUGUUCCUUUUGAGGCUGUAUCUUACCUAACUGGUGAGUGCAACUAUGGAGGUCGAGUGACAGACGACUGGGACAGACGUUUACUGCUGACAAUGCUGGAUGACUGCUAUAAUCCAGAUAUAAUUGAAAAUCCUCAUUACGCUUUUUCUCCCAGUGGCAAGUAUUACGCUCCACCAAAAGGCACAUAUGAGGACUACAUUGAGUUUAUUAAGAGUCUUCCCUUUAGUCAGCAACCAGAGGUAUUUGGUUUGCAUGAAAAUGUGGAUAUUUCAAAAGAUCUUCAGCAAACUAAGAUCCUCUUUGAAUCUCUGCUUUUAACACAAGGAGGAGGCACUUGGGGAACUUCUGGAGGUGGUGACAGCACUCUCUAUGAAAUUGCAGAUGAUAUUCUCAGCAAGCUUCCAAAUGAUUUUGACAUUGAAGCUUGCCUGAAUAGAUAUCCUGUGAGAUAUGAAGAAAGUAUGAACACUGUGUUGGUGCAAGAAAUGGAAAGAUUUAACGAUUUAAUCCGAACUAUUCGUAUUAUGCUAAUUAAUGUGAAGAAAGCCGUUAAAGGACUGGUUGUUAUGGAUGCUGAACUGGAGGCUCUGUGUGGCAGUCUACUUAUUGGAAAAGUUCCUGAAAAUUGGGCAAAACAUUCAUACCCAAGUAUAGAACUAUUAGGGAGCUACAUUCUAGAUUUGCUAGAAAGGCUGAAAUUUUUACAGGAUUGGUAUGAAUUAGGGAAGCCCAUGGGUUUUUGGCUGUCAGGAUUCUAUUUUACUCAAGCUUUCUUAACUGGAGCUGUGCAAAACUAUGCUAGGAAGCACGGGAUCCCUAUUGACCUUCUGGGAUAUGAAUUUCAGGUUAUUCCUCAGGAUACUACUGAUACUGCACCAGAAGAUGGUGUUUAUGUCCAUGGGUUAUUUUUAGACAGAGCUCGCUGGGACAGGACCAAAGGGAUGUUAGCUGAGCAAUACCCCAAAUUGCUCUUUGAUAUGAUGCCAAUCAUUUGGAUAAAGCCACCUGCAAAAUCGGACAUAAAGAAAUCUAAUGCAUAUGUUUGCCCACUCUACAAGACAAGUGAGCGUAAAGGAAUCUUAUCUGCAACUGGACAUUCUACUAACUUCGUCAUUGCUUUGACACUUAACACAGAUAAACCAGUUCAACAUGGGAUCAAGCGAGGUGUUGCGUUGCUCUGCCAGCUGGAUGACUAA